AUGGCAGAAGGAAAUCACACCAUGGUGACGGAAUUUAUCUUAUUGGGCUUCACAGACAACCUGGAGUUUCAGGUCCUCCUCUUCAUGGUGUUUCUGUUGAUCUAUUUGUUCACCCUAGUGGGAAAUCUAGGGAUGAUUGUGCUCAUCCGGAUCAAUGCCAGACUCCACACCCCCAUGUAUUUCUUCAUCAGCAGCCUUUCCUUUUUAGAUGUCAGCUACUCUACCAUCAUUAUUCCCAGCACUCUGAUGACUUUUGUGGCAGAGACAAAAGUCAUAUCAUAUAGAGCAUGUGCAUCUCAGCUCUUCCUGUUCUGCAUUGCAGUGACAGGAGAAUGCUACCUCCUGGCCGUGAUGGCCUAUGACCGCUUCAUAGCCAUCUGCAAGCCCUUGCUUUACCCUGUCAUCAUGUCCAGGAGGUUUUGCAUGCUCCUUGUAUGUGGAUCCUACUUCAUGAGCUGUGUGAAUGCAACUGUUCAGACGACAUUUAUAUUCCGCUUACCCUUCUGCAAUUCCAAUAUCAUCAACCAUUUCUUCUGUGAUGUGCCCCCCAUCCUGAAACUCUCCUGCUCUGACACUUACAUCACUGACCUUGUCCAUUUCACCUGCGCUACUGUGCUUGUCACCUCCACUAUCCUCCUCAUUGUCAUAUCCUACAUAUGCAUCGGGGUCACCAUCCACAAGAUUAAAUCGUCGAAAGGCAGAUGCAAAGCUUUCUCCACCUGUGCUUCCCAUGUGACUGGCGUUACCAUGUUCUAUGGGACAGGCUCCUUCAUGUACUUAAGACCCACUUCAAAAUACGCUGUGGAGAAUGACAAGAUCAUCUCUGUGUUUUAUACCCUGGUAAUUCCCAUGCUGAACCCUGUGAUUUACAGCUUGAGGAACAAGGAGGUCAAAGAAGCCCUUCGAAGGACAAUAGCAAGGCUGUAUUGCUCUCGAAGAAAACAACAGAGAUUCAGAACUCUAAGUAGAACGGAGAGGAAUUGA